AUGGGAUCUUUGGUGUCUCUAUUGAUCGGCGAGGCAGAAGAAGAGGGAGCACCGUCCCUUUUGGAGCUGUUGGAUGUGGAUCCUCAAAACGAGGGUAACAAUCGCAUGAACUGGGAGCGAAUUCUUCGCCGCCUUCGGACGCAUCCCGAAGAAGCUGCUGCCUAUUGCCAUUCGGUCGACCCCAGCCCAUUGCUUCGUUGUCUCUCUUGCGUCGAAGCAGAGAUUCCUCCUGCCGUCAUUCAGGCCUUUUUGGAUGCCUACGACGAUACGGUGUACCAUUCGGAUCGCAAUGGCCAGACUCCUUUACUGCAAGCCGUGAGGCGCACUGCCGUGGCAUGGUCUACCGAUAACGACGACAAUGAGGAGGAAGAAGACCCUGCCGAGCGUAUUCAAAAGGAUGCUCGCCAAAUCAUUCAGUUGUUGCUGGAAGCCAACCCAAGUGCUGCACGUCAUUCAGACAGCACGGGAGCGAUUCCUCUUCACUUUGCCAGAACCGAUCCGGUUAGUGCUCGAUUGCUCCUGGAUGCCUUUCCUCAGGGAGUUCAUCAGGUGGAUAAAGAACGUGGUCGGCUUCCUCUUCAUUAUCUAUGCUCUCUUUCCUUGGAAAAAGAGACCGAGGAGAACAACAACAACAACAAUGAAGAAGAAGAAGAGGCGCCCCUUCGCUUGGCUCUGCCCAAUCCCAAAGUUGCCAAGUUAUUGGCGACACCAACCAAAACCAGCAACCCCGUCUUGGCGACGGACAACGAGGGUCUGCGGCCUCUCGACAUGAUGUACGAUGGGCUCGUGACUCUCCUGACUAAGAAAAAUCGAGAAGAGGAUGAUGCCUUCCAGAUCGAUACUCUCUGGCAGGUCUUGACCGUUCUGGUUCAGUCCGUGGUGAUUACCUCUCCCGGCAAAACGUUCCAGAUGGUCCACGCUUUGGUAUCGCUUCGUUGUCCCGCUGCCAUUAUGGCGGAAGCCCUCCGUCGCUUCCCCGAUCAAGCCGUCGAACGCGAUGCGCAGGGACGUACUCCGCUCUUGAUUGCCGUGGCCAUGUUGCAGCAGCAGCCUCAGCAUGGCGGCGACAUGUGCAAGGUCAUUUGUGAAUUGCUCAAAUGCAACAAGAAUGCCGCUCGCAUGACAGAUCACGAGGGGCGCUUGGCCAUUGAUACGUUGGCCGAAGCGGGGGUUUACGACGAACAACUCUUUGAAUGCUUGGUCAAGGCGGAACCACGAGCCGUUGAUACGCGGGAUCUCAAAAACAAGCAACAUCCAUUCAUCACAGCUGCCAUGGCCGGACCGGACAAGUCCAAUGCCAGCAGUGUCUAUCACUUGCUCCGCGCCAAACCGCAUGUUAUUCAGUAUUACAUGCUGGACUAA